AUGGAUCGUCUAAAGUUAGUUCUGCAAUAUUUCCAGUCGAAUUCCGAGUCCAUAUCGAACGGUAUUUGUAUAGUUUUGUCUCUGGUUAGUGUGAAGCUCUACACCAGCUUUGAUUUUAACUGUCCAUGUCUGCCAAAGUACAAUAAAAUGUACGGACUCGGUGUGAUGUUCGUCCCGCCGAUCAUCCUCUUCUUACUGGGAAUUCUGGUCAAUCGCCAUACUGGAGUGAUGAUGGAGGAGUAUGCGAGACCCUUGGGAAGAAGAGACAAAAAUCCAGCAGUUGUAAAGUACUUGUUUUCAGCUAUGAUACAGCGGGCCAUGUUAGCUCCCAUGGUGUGGAUUCUGAUGUCUCUCCUGGACGGAAAGUGCUUCGUAUGUGCAUUCAGUCAGACCGUGGACCCCAAACAUUUCACUGGGUUUCCCAAUAACACUGGUCUGGAGGUGAUCCGAAUCAUGGCUAAGGUACCCUGCAAAGAAGAUAUAAUCUUCGCUAACAAUAAUUUUCGAAAAGCUGUCUCACGUUAUAUACGCUGUUACUCUCAGGCAUUAGGCUGGUCCAUCCUUCUCUUCCUGAUUUUCCUGGGUGCAGUGGGUCGAAUCAUUAAGCCAUGCUUUAAUCACGCCACCUUCCUCCAGACACGUUACUGGAGCAACUACCUGGAUGUUGAGCAGAAGCUUUUUGAUGAGACCUGUGUCCAUCAUGCCAGGGAGUUCGCCAGAAAAUGUGUGGUGCAAUACUUUGAGAAUAUACAGGAUGAUAUGGUGCUCAGGCUGCCCCUCUCCCCCCACCUUAGACUAAAGAAAAGCCAAGAUGAAUGUGAAGAGGAAGAGGAACGUCUUCAUGGUAUAACCAGUAAGGAUCAGGUGGAACACAUGCUUCAAAGCUGGUUCCAGUGCAGGCCUGAGCUAGAUGUAACAAAGAUAGUCUACAGACCCACUAAAUGUGUUACUUGGGAAGACCCUAAUGGAGGUAUACUAUACUCAGACGUGUGA